AUGCAUAAAAUGGUGGUCCUAUGUGGUCAGGACAUGUCGUCCUCAGAGGGACCCUCACUUGAUGCAACUGACAUACUACCACAGAGAGGUGACCUGAACAACACUUUUUCCGAAGUAGACGAAGAUACACCAGCUACAAAGAAAGAUGUUAAAUCUUUAUUGAAAGAUAUCAGACUUCUUCAAAAGGAUCUCUCCAAAAUCAAAGAGAAAAUCUAUAAUUUAGCAGGCAGAGUGAAGGCCCUGGAAAAGGAUUCUCAUCAUGUGCACUCCCAGCAGACCUCCAUCCUUUUAACUCAAAAGCAAAGACUUAAGGCUGAUGAUGAGCUUCUGCUGAAAUUGUUGGACCAAGAGGACAAAAGUCACUGCAAUGUCAUUGCAGAGGCCAUCGAUGCGGGGGAAAUGCCACACGUCCUACACUGCUUAUUUCAGGGUCUAUUACCCCACAAACAGGCUAAACAUAUGCUCUUAGAUGCUUACUAUCAUAUAACUAAAUAUACUAAGGACCCACCACCUUCCCAGGGGGAUGUGAUUGUACAGCUGUGUCUCAUUUGGACAAGAUGGCUGUUUUGUCCUCAGUAA